UCUGACACAGAACCAAGCCACAUACUGAGAUCCUGGCAGGAGAAAGCAGGAGACCGACUCUGAAAAAAUUGCACUGCAUUGGUGAGCGAGUCGCAGAGUCUGAGGACUUCUGAUAGCCAAGUGAUUAGCGCGCCAGAGGGGAGGCUUUAGUGGAUUGAAAAUCACCGCACCAGGACAUCAGGUGUCGGAGGGCGUGUUGCGAUUCGGGAGAGCUGUGAGCUGCGAAUAGACGUGAACUCCAGCAGGCAAAGGAGAGAGAAACAGAGAAAGUCAGCUCUGGAAUCUCUGUUAAGGCGCGAAAAGGGGAGCGAAGGAGCUGCCACGUCCAGCUCACCUCACAGAGUGAACACCCAGCGCUUUCCGUGCCAACCCAUGGCUGUGCGUCCCAUGGACACCGCCAGCUUCCCCAUGCUUCCAGCCCACCUCAUGGCUUCUGCGAUGGAGGAGUUCCCACAGCACUUACCUGUCCCCAAGGGCCCAGCUCGAGGCCGCAGCCGGCCCCGGCGGCCGCGGGAGGCCAGGUUCAAGACUCAGCCGGUGACGUUCGCUGAGAUUGCAGAGGUGGAGGAGGAAGGGGUUUCGCCGUUGGAGGAGGAGAGAGCAAGGCGGUCCUUUCUGCAGUCUCUGGAGAGCCUGAGGAGAAGCACACAGACCUUGCACCACGCGGGACCGAGGACCAGCACACCCACACAGGCUAGCUUGGACUCAAGCGACUCAGACUCAGCCCAAUGACUGGGAAAGAGAGAAAGUGGGAGAGAAUAGAAGCAGGUGAUUUGUUUUCUGUGUGUUUUGUAAGGCUGACUUACUGAACUGGACUCCAGUGUGCUAAUCAUGUUGCACAGACCUGUCUUGAAACAUACUUGCAGCUAUAACAUAGUUGUGGUAUAUUAUGUAUAUUAUAUUACUCAGUCAAGCAGUGGCCGGCUGAAUUGCUUACACUCCUUAGCAGUAGCGCAAAAAAAAAAAAAAAAAAAAAAAAAAAAAAACCAUAAAUAAAAAUCUAACUACUUAAAUAUUCCAAAAAAAAAUCUUUAUUUGCUAUGUAAAACUUGAGGCCAUCAAAAGUUCAUUUAUAAUGAGCUAUAAAUUGUAGUUUGUUUUUUUCCAUUUGGAGAGACAGAAUCACGAAACUCAACUGAAAGUCCAUUUCAGACAGAGAAUGUCCCACUGUUUCCACUGUUUGGCUUGUAGUCCAUGGAUUUGUGUUGAUAUUUUACAUUUUAUCACGAUCCUGCAAGAGGAUCAUUGGUGUCUGUAGACACCACACUCUGCAUAGCAGCCUGCAUAGAAAGCGCUAUUUCAAAACCGAAGACGUUACUUGAGGUUUGUCAUUUUAUUAUAUUUACUAAUGACCUCAGAGAGGAGCAAACUAUUUUCUUUCUACAUGUUUCAAAUAUUUAUUCACAUUAUUUUUACCUUGUUAAUAACAAUUACAUUAGAUAUGUGCUUUGCUGACAUUGUGGGCUUGCAAGGUCGCAAUUAGUUUCAAAGCAAAAAAAACAAAAACAAAAACAGAAAAUGAUGCCUUUUUACUUUGUUUUACUUUAUUAUCUUUCUAAAGUUAUUUCAUACUUACUUUAAUAAAUAUAUACAAAUCUAGUGCACAUCUA